AUGAAUAGAGUUGCAGCAAAAGUUGUGUCUUGUCUGCUCAUGGAAGAUCAAAAGCGGUCACGACUGAAUGCACGUUUUGAAAUGAAAAACACUUGGAAGGUGAUCCAGAACUUUUUCAAAAGUCAUCACCAGGUGCAGGAGUGGCUGUGUGGUGACAAUAUAAAAGCUAAAAAAAUAUCUGCUCAAGUGGGUGCUUGUUCUGCUUCAGUUCCAAAGCCCAAUAUAAACUUUCAUGGAGGAGCUUCUUUUAUUAUAAAUCGAUUUAGAGGCAGUUUAGCUUCAAAAAUCCAAAGUGCCAUAAAAAGCCAGAUCUGUUCCAGCCACACUAUCAGCAGUAUUAAUUCAGAGCUUGCAAAAGUAAUCAAUGAAAUUCCAUCAAAUAUACAUUUCAUGAAUAGUUUCUACUUGAAUGUGGAUUUAUUACAACCUCCUAUUAUUAACAAAUCUUUAGAAACUGAUCUCAAGGGUGAAGUAUUUUGGAUGGAGCAACGUGAAGAAUGUCCUCUGCCAGUACGGCCUAUGGAGAUAAUUCCUCCAAGUGCUGAUGCUUCAAUGUUGACAGCUCAAAUUUCCCCUUAUCUCUUUAACUCCUUUGCCUAUGUGGCUCACAAAAACAAAAUUAUUCGCAUGACCAUUACCUCAAAAAAUAUUCCAAACAAGAGUAUCCUUAACACAACAUGUAGUAACAACAUGUGUAUCGGUCAUCUGAUUCCUGAGAUUGGUAAACAGUAUCCCAACCAAAAGCUGUCAGUGUUUGUGGAAUCAUUUCAAAUGCCAGAUGUCUACAUUAAAUCUGGCAAUAUGCUUCUUGAUCUUUACCUUUCUGUCUACCUUUAUCUCUCUACCGACAGCCCUAACAAACCUCUCCUCAUUUUACCCUUGACAAUUCAUGCUGAAGGGAAAUCUGAUAUUGUCAAACAAAUUAUUCACUUCAAACUUUCUGCAUUGAGCGUAAAACUGGGUGUGAUUAGUAAAGGCUUACCCAUUAAAAUUAAUGAGAAACAGUUUCAAAUGACCAUAAACUUGUUUGUUAACAUGUUUGUCUUGCCUUCUCUCAAUAAAAAGGGUGUAACUGGAAUCCCUAUAUCUACACUUAUCAAAACAGACAAAAUAAGCAACACGAAAUUACAGUUUGGCAUGAAUUCUGCCCUGUUGAUGACUGAUAUUUCUUUGAAUUUUACUGAAGUUGAUAAUGAAUGGGAUUUUGGAAUCCUACAACUGAUACAAAAUACUUUGGUGGUGCCAAAUUAUGUGAUGAGUGUAUCCCUAUUUACAACAUUACAGACUGCAUUUUCAGAUGACCCUAACAGGUUUUACAACCAAGAAGAUACCCUUGAUGAUAUUUCAUUUUAUAAUUAGAAAAUGAAAUAGUUAUAUUGGAAAAUUCAAUGAAUAUGAAGUUUUAUUUUAAAGUUUUUCUCUAAAUUUUGUUUUCCAUUUAUAUUUCUUGAUAUUGUUAGAACUUAUAAAGUGGCGAGCUGGCACAAUCGUGAGCACACUGGACAAAAUUGCUUAGUGACAUUUUGUCCAUCCUUACAUUCUGGCUUCAAAUUCCACCAAACUUGACUUCGCCUUUCAUCUUUUUGAGGUCAAUAAAAUAAGUACCAGUUGAGCACUGGGUUUGAGGUUAUCAACUUGACCAUCACACCAAACAUGUUGGCUUUGUGCUAAAAUUUGAAACCAAUAUUGUUAGAAAUUAUGUUUUUUGUGACUAAACUAAGGAGUGCAUGGUAAACAUAUAUUUGAUUAUAAUUUUUAACCAAAUAUAUGAAAUGUGUAAAUGACAGAAACAAGUAAAAGAAUAUAAAGCUGAAUAUGAAAGUGAGUUAAAAUGUCUGACUAGACUCUCACAUUUAUAUUCUCUUCUUUGCUUUCCAAAUGUCUACCACAUAUAACAAUUUAAAUCAUCAAAUUUUAAUUUUGUUCAGAAUAUAUUUUGAAUUUUAUUUUUUUAUCAUAUUUUACAGCUUUAGUUCAUUUUCCUUUCAAUAAAAUAUAAUUUUACAGCUGAAUAUCUUUUCUGCUCAGUUAAAUGAGAAAUAAAGUGAAUGUGUUUACAGAUGUCAUCAAGUAGAAUGAAAAUGGAUGCUAGGGAGAGAGAAAAGGGAGGUGGGGAAGACUAGCCUUUGGAUAAGGGAAUUUUAUUGCUAGUCCUCCUUUUCCUCUUCUACUUAGCAUUUAUUUUCCCUCUGCUUAAUGACAUCUGUAAACACACCCACCUUAUUUCCUUUUUGGGUGAUCUACCUUCUAAUUAAUACUUUCAUUGGUCAUUUAAUUUUGAUUGUUUUUACUUUAUUCUUUUUUCAACUUACCAUUUGUGUCAUGGCUAGUUUGAUAAUUCAUUUGUUCAUCUCCACGUAACUAUGUAAACAAUUUAUAGGUAAUAAGACCAGAAGAUAAGCUAAGCUGGUUUAAUGUAUGUUACAACUUAUGUAACAAGCAUCGCUUUGGUAUGAAACAUUUGUAGUUUAUAUUUUACUUGUUCCAUUUUUUACUUUCUUGAAUUUUUAGUUGCAUUUUUACAUGAGUUGUGUGGUGACUGUCAGCUUAUUGAAAUUUCUUAUAAUUUCAAUAUGGAAUGAAGUUUGUAACUUACGAUGUUAAUAAACCUUUUUUUAUUGUA